GCACGACCAGGCACCGUAUCGUAUCCCGCCCACUUGGCAAUGGUUCUAGGACAGCUACUAAGAGAGGCUUUUACCGGGGCGAUUAGGGAGGUGGGCCGGCAAAAGACCGUCACCCAUAAACUCUCCGUCGCUUCGCGUCUCUCUCUCGUCCUAUUGGCUGAGCUCGCGGGCGUCGUUUCCACCCUCCCGUUCGGCGCCUUCGCCCUCCUCCUCUACUCCCUCCUGCUUCUCGCGUCCCGCUCCCGCGUAUUCCUCCGUCGAUUCUGCCGCAUAUGGCGCCGGAUAUCUCGCCGCGUGGUCAUCCCUCGGAGUCUAGGUUUUUUGGUUGCCGUGGCUGCGCAGUUCGCGGCGGUGCUACAGCCGCUGCGCCGGCUGGUGAAACGCGGCGCGGCAUUCUGGCCGUUGUGCCCUCUACCGUCGCUCUAUCGUUCUCUUCUCCGAUUAGCUCGAGUCCACGUAGUUGCUGACGUCAGAUACGGGCCUCGGCCGCGCAACGUAAUGGACAUUUACCUGCCCGGCUUCCACCAUCGCUGGAAUCACCAGCAGCAUCAGCAUCAGCAUCACCAUCACCACGACCACCGCAACAAUCCGCUAUGUGCUGGCACCACUGCCAGCAGCAGCAGCAGCAACAGCGGUGGUUGCAGGGUGGUAGUGUUUGUGCAUGGGGGGUGUUGGGUGAGCGGCGAUAAGUGGCUGUAUGCGCCCCUCGCUGCCAGAUGCGCUGCUGAAGGGGCAAUCGCCGUCGUUAUCCAAUACACUCUCUACCCCGAGUCGCUAAAAAACCAGCUAGCUAGUCGCGCUAGCUUGGAAGAAGAAAUGACUGAAGUUAGCGCGCCAGUUUACUUGUACCCUGAUUUCGUCGUAGGAGUGAACUGCGCUGAACCCUGCUGGAGUAGAGUAGAGAGGGAGAGGAAGGAGAUUUCUUUGGGUGUUCUCCUAGCAGAGGGCCAGCAAGGGGAGGCCAGCACGGCGCUCUCAUGGGUGUUUGACAACAUCGCUCGCUACGGGGGCGAUCCGAAUUGCGUCUUCCUCUGCGGCCACUCGUCAGGGUCGCACACGGUGGCCAUGCUGGUGUGGCGCCGCUUCAAGAAGACCCUGCUGGGGGCCGCAGAGAGCGCGGCACAGAGGGCGGCGGCACAUAGCGAGAGGGGAGAGUUGCUGGCAACAGAGAGGGGGGUGCGGGGUGGGAGGGGGGGAGAGGUGGAAGGGGAGGGAGGGAUGCGCCGAAGUGAGAGGGGAGAAACCACGGCAGUUGGAGGCAGUGGUAGCAGAAGAGAGGAGGGGAGGGGGGCUGCUGGACAGCAGCAGCAUGAUGGGGAGAUUGAGGACCGCAGGGAAGAAGCUGACACCCGCCAGCCGUAUUGUGUGAUUGGUCUGAGCGGCAUCUUCGACCUUCACUACAUGCACACAUAUACAGUCACAACCGGCACUGCCCCUCUCACCUGCUUUGCCGAAGCUGUUGGAGGCCCCGCGGCCUUUGCCCGAGGCUCCCCUCCAAACCUGUUCUCUGCCUUGGCCGAAGCUGUGGCAGUAGCAGGCUUGGGAACUGAUGCAGCAGCUAAGGGAGGGGCUGGGAGCACAGGCAAAUCAACUUCUGGAAAUGCACCUUCCCCAGAUGCAGCCUUGUCGCUUUUCUUCUCUGAAUUUGGCAAAGAUGCUGGCAACCAUAUAUUGUCAGGAAUAGCGGAUGGGAGAAUCAGACCUGCUGCUAUCCUUCCCCCCAUGCUGCUACAGUGCAGCCCGGGCGAUGCAUACGCGCCCCCUCACUGCAGCCUGGCACUUGUGCAUGCAUUGAGGCGCCUGGGCGGGCGGGCAAAGGUUGCCGUGUAUUCGUCGGUGCACCAUGCGCAGUUCGCAUGCCUCUGGAAGCCAUGGCCCCAACCUAGAGGUUCGGCCGAGGCUGAGGCUCUGGCUCGGAAGCGAAGUGGACGGGUUUGGCUUGGUGAUGGGUUACAGAUGGAUGGUGGUGCGCUGUUGGGGGGAGGAUGGUCGGAUUGGCUGUGUAGGUGUUGGGGGUUAGGUGAAGCUGGGAAGGCCAAUAAAGAUUUGCUAGAUGUGGUGGUAGGAAGAACACUGCUGGAAGAUGUUCUUGCUAGCUCUUAGUAGCUACAAACUCGUGUUCAGUAGUAUGCAAUAAAGAACGGGCAAUGUAUAGGCUACAGUGAUGCGAAUGUUAUUCAGUUG